AUGCGCCAGCAACCUUGUGAGAAGAACAAUAAAGACUGGACUUAUUUCAAGCUAUUGAUAACAUCACACGAUAAGAUUUUCGAUGAUGAAGUUAGAAUCGAUACAUUAACAUGGAAGCAAUGGAUUACUAAUGCGCUGAGAAGAACUCAUGGUUUGUUUGGUGAAAGUAUAGAAUACUUUUUUCUUAAUCUGGAUGACAAGAUCGCUUAUAUUAAACUCAAUUAUAAUGAUAAGGAAGUUUUCUCUUCUGCUAUAACUUCUUACAUCUCUAAUGAUGAUCUUGCAGGGAAACCAUUAGCAGUCUGCGUUUUGCAAAUUACUGAUUUCUUAAAAGAUCUAAACAUUAGCAAAGAUGAUAAAUUAUGGCAUCAAAAAGAAAUGGAAGAAUUAAUAGACAAUAUUUGUGAAUAA